UUCUCUCGACUGUGUUCGUGUGUUUCCGUACAAUUCGUGUGGUACCGCUGGUCUGCACACACGGCGUGCCUCUCCUAAUGCUGUGCUGGAAUAUGGCUGAGUAGAGAGCAGGGAGUUUUGUACGGUUGGAGAGAGUGGAAAGCAAUAGGAACGGGAAUAAAAAGGACGAUUCCAUGCCUGAUCGAUAACGAACUGUCUUGUAAGGAAACCGUUGUCGAGUGGAAGCGUUAUUUGCGCAAUACGAACGAGAAAUUUGGAAGAAUUGUUUGCGGGUCCUGCCGGUGGAACGUUUGGAAAGGUACGAAGAAAAGGAAGCUACGUUUAGGAGUGUGUGAAAGCUACACAGCCCAAAACCCACCCUCCCCUCCCCCCCCCGUCAGCAGGCUUACAGAGGAGGCUGAAGAGGAGCGCUUUUUGGUUUUUAGCACCCCCUGCGAGUCUCUGGCUUUCCCAAAGAGCAUGUUGCCAACGCUGUCCCUCUGCUCCAUUAUCUGGUUAAACCGGGGAUUCAAACUGAGGAAAGUACUCUACACUGCAAACACAGGCCAGCUCUGAGCCCCCUUUUCAACUCCUGCUUACGACUCGGCCAAUUAGGCAAGGCUUCAGACGCUUUGCUUGAUAAAAUCGGCUAUAAACAGAAUAUUCUCCCCGUCUCCCCGUCUCUCCCCCACACCACCCUCUUUUUUUUAUUUUUUUUCAACUUCACAGGGGGGGGGGGGAAGGGGUCGAUAGAAGCCCUUGCGUUGGUACCGUUCGCCUCUGUCCCGGCGACGAAAGGUCGUUGUCGUCACCCAACCACAAAAUGGCCGCCGAGGCCUUCCAGUAUCGCGCCGUGUACGCGUACGGCAAGGACCUGGAGGACGACAUCGACCUGCUCCCCGGGGACCUCCUGACCGUCAGCAAGGCCUCGCUGCAGUCGCUGGGGUUCAAGGAGGGCGUGGAGGAGCACCCCGAGCUCGUGGGCUGGAUCGUCGGGGUCAACGAGCGCACCAAGCAGAGGGGGGACUUCCCGGGCACCUACGUGCAGUACGUCGGGCCCGUGAGGACGCCCGCGACGCCCAGCCAGCCCCGGACCCAGAGGCCCCUUCCCGCUGCCCCGAGGCCGGACCUGCCGCCUGCGGAGCAAGAUACUUUGGUUCCGGAUUUGAGCAAGCAGUUUUCACCAUCGGAAAAUGCACCCCCUAUCCUGGUGAAGUUGGUGGAAGCCAUUGAAAAGAAAGGUCUGCACUGGGAGACGCUGUACAGGACGUCUGACUCCUUGGCUGCUGGCGGUCUAAGGCAGAGCCUGAAUCUUGAGUUGUCCGGAGCAGAGAUGGGUCAGUACGACGUCCACACCCUUUCGGAGGCCCUGAUGCGGUACCUGCAGGAGCUGCCCUCCCCCGUGGUCCUCCCCUGCAUUUACCCAGACCUGCAGACGACCAUGCUGCAGGGGCCAGACACGCUGGCGGAGGAGGGCGGGGGGGAGCUGAUGAAGGUGCUGGCGUCUCCCAGCCUCCCCCUCCAGCACCUGCUCGCCCUGCAGUACCUGCUGCGCCACCUGGACCGCGUCUGCCAGAGCUCCGACCAGAACGGGCUGGACCCCGCCUCCCUGGCCGCCAUCUUCGGCCCGCUGCUGCUCCGCCUCCCCGCCACUGGCAGGUUGGAGGCUGACCAGGAGCUUCCUUCCCUGGUGCUGGAGAGACUCCUGAAGGAGAGGAGCUGGGAGCAGGAGCUGACACCCCCAGCUCUCCCGCCCAAACCUCCCAAACCUGCCAAAGCCCUGAGCUGCAGCACUGUCCCGGGCGAUUCCGAGUGGUACUGGGGUGACAUUUCAAGGGAGGAGGUGAACGAGAAGAUGAGGGACACGCCGGACGGGACGUUCCUGGUCCGGGACGCGUCCAGCAAAGUGCAGGGAGAGUACACCCUGACCCUCAGGAAAGGAGGAAACAACAAGCUGAUCAAGAUCUUCCACCGCGGGGGAAAGUACGGCUUCUCCGAGCCCCUCACCUUCGCCUCUGUGGCGGAGCUAAUCAACCACUACCGCCACGAUUCCCUGGCCCAGUACAACGCCAAGCUGGACACGCGACUGCUCUAUCCCGUCUCCAAAUACCAACAGGACCAGGUGGUGAAGGAGGACAGCGUCGAGGCGGUGGGAGAGCAGCUGAAGGUCUAUCACGAGCAGUACCAGGAGAAGAGCCGCGAAUAUGACGUCCUGUACGAGGAGUACACCCGCACGUCCCAGGAGCUGCAGAUGAAGCGCACGGCCAUCGAGGCCUUCAACGAGACCAUCAAGAUCUUCGAGGAGCAGUGCGAGACGCAGGAACGCUACAGCAAGGAGUACAUCGAGAAGUUCAACCGCGAGGGCAACGACAAGGAGAUCCAGAGGAUCAAGAGCAAUUCUGAGAAGCUGAAGUCGCGGGUGGCGGAAAUUCACGACAGCAAGAGCAAGCUGGAGCUGGACCUGAAAAAACAGGCCGCGGACAACCGCGAGAUCGACAAGAAGAUGAACAGCCUUAAACCCGACCUAAUGCAGCUGAGGAAGAUCCGAGACCAAUACCUGGUAUGGCUGACGCAGAAGGGCACAAGACAGAGGAAGAUCAACGAGUGGCUGGGCAUCAAGAACGACGUUGAGGACCUGUACUCCAUGAUGGACGAGGAGGAGGACACGGCCCACCACGACGAGCACACCUGGUACGUGGGCGACCUGAAGCGCACUCAGGCCGAGGAGCUCCUCCGGGGGAGGGGCGAUGGCACCUUCCUCAUCCGCGACAGCCAAUCGCAGAAGGGCUCCUUCGCCUGCUCCGUGGUUUUGGACGGAGACAUUAAGCACUGUGUGAUCUACAAGACAGUCACGGGAUAUGGAUUUGCAGAGCCCUACAACCUUUACGGGAGUCUGAAAGACCUGGUCCUCCACUACAAGCACACCUCCCUGGUCCAACACAAUGACUCCCUGAACGUGACCCUGGCCAGCCCCGUGCUCAGUCUGCGCCCGAGAUGAGCCUGCAAGCGCUACAGAAGCUAACCUAAGCAAUGUUGAGAAAAAACAAAAAAAAACAACAAAAAAAAAGACACAAACCUUGAUCGUAUCAAUGAGCUUUUUUUUUUACAUUUGAAUCAAGAAAACAAGCAUGUUGACUGUAUAAACUCUGGACCCCCCCCCCCCCCCCCCCAGAGACUGAAGGUAGGAAGGCUGAACUGAGGAGUGGGCAUGACUGUUAAAGGUUUAGAGUUUGGCUUCGAUGCUAAACCCUCUGCAUUCCAGUCCUACUCCCCACAAGAAUUGUAUCGACAAGGAUGUCUUUGCCAAAGCACCUACCACACAUUAUGUCAGAAGCAGACCUUGUUCCGGAUUCUCCCAUCGCGAGAGCAGUUGAUCAUAUUUGACUACAACAGGGGGCAGUUCUUUUGUUUAAAAAAAAAAAACCCUUGGAACGGAAUGGCUAGAAUCUUUUAAAAACCUGUUGCUUGGAGAUGAACAGUAACCUGCCUGGACUGAGUGAAGGUUGGUGGGAAGGCCUGGUUGGAAAGCUCUAGAGAGAUGUUUGCUUAUCUUUACAAAAAAAAAAAAAGCUGCUGUGAUUAUUGUUUUCCGCUCUGUUUGCUAGGAUAGUCGGUUUUUCAGACUGGCUGUCGAGAGGGAGACGGACAGAUUUGUCGACUUCUUGUGACUCUAAGUGGACGACUGACCAAGGAAUGCCUGGCAACCAAGCGACUUGAGACACUAGGAAAGUUUCGUUUCUCCUUUAAAUUCUACUAAUGUUUUAGCCACAGACGUAGAGCCUGCUGUUACACAUAGUAUUUUUACAUUUCUUCUUCCACAUUAAUGUUCCUGUUCUCAUGCGGAAUGGUGAUUGGUCGAAGGUGGAACAAAAAAAAAAGAAGCCUUUUCUUUUCUUUUUUUUCCUUUUCUUUUUUUUACCCUGAAUGUGACUUUGCAAGCAGUGUCACCUAGAAAUAAUUUUCCUGUUUGCAGAAAUCCUGAACCAGAUUCACUAUUUUUCUUCCUAUCCUUUUUCUUAUUGUUCUUGACACAGGCUGAUGUACAGAGCUGUAGAGUGUGUUUGUUUAAAGAGGAUCCUGUAGGCAGGUGUACCAAUGAGUCGGUUAUUGACAGCCAAUUGCUGUAUGGGAUUAUCCUACGAGUUUUCUUUCCGUUUUUUGUUUUUACUCUCCCUCCGAGGAUUCGCGGAGGGUGCAUGAUAUCAAGCUAAUGCAAGCCAAAUGAAGGAUGUCUUCAUGUAGCAAAAAUAACUGAUCCUUUAUGAUAAGCUUGAAUACAGUGGUAUAAGAGAUUUUGUUUUGAAGACUGCAUGGAUACUAUCCCUCAGAGAUAUUAUGUAAGCACUUCUUGCUACCAGUACUGUUAGUGUAUAUCUGUGGUAUAUGCACAUACGUAAUAGUUAAAGAAGUAGAUAUAUUUGCAAGAAGAAGAAAAAAAAAAUCCAUGCGCUUCACUUUACAAUGAUUUAGGGAAUGUCUCUGACUGUUAUUUGCGUGUUAGGUUCUCCUUGGGCAAAGUCCCUCUAGCUGCUGGUCAAAUUACCGCCAGCGGCAGCGUUUUAGAUUUGAAAUCUGAAAUCCAGCCAAUCAAGACUUAAAAUGGAGUACACAUGGUGCUUUAAUUCUGUGGGUGCUUAUUGUUGGUGGUGUUUUUUUUAGAUUGGAUUCAUAUAUUAAUGCACCAUCCUAGUUGAGUGUAGUGGUCAAACGACGUCAGUCACUGAUCUACUAACAUCCUUGUGCGUGUUCAAGGGUUUUAUCAGUCUCCCAAAAGCACAACCGAUGAACUGAUAAGAGCAAAAGCAUAAAAAAUAAAUAAAUAAAAAAACACAUUAUUGGAGGGAGAAAGGUGCAUCUUUUGCAAUACUUUCUGGCCUUUUCCAGAACCCUUCGUAUGCGAGUAUGAAGCUGAGGGUGGGGAGUGUUAAUGAAGCUAAUGAUAAUGCGUUUUUAAGACGCGUUUUUAGGCUACUUUGGCUGUGUGGAGCCGGGGGAUUGCGGUAGCUGUGACGGUAGUGUGUGCCGUGGCUUCGACGCGAAAGGCCAGCACGUGGCUGUUAGAAGUGCCUUCAGCCCUUUUUUUUUUUUACUCUACUCUCAAUCUUCCCAUCGUUUUCGGAGUGUUCCCCUCAUCAAUGGAACAGUGCCACUGCGAUUGCCCUGUCCCGACGCAGAUGCCAAGCGUCUUGUUUUGUGAAACGGAUAAUUUUCUUAAUUUACCUUUCUAGUGUUUUCCUUCAUGCGUGUUAACUAUGGAAGGUGUGGUCACAUCUUAUUGUGAUUACUUUUCUUCUGCUUAUCACCAUGGAUUUACUGUUGAACAUUUUUUUUUAGUGGGGGGGUGGGGGUAAAGUUAUUGG